GAAAUAAAUUAUAAUAAUAUAAAAUGCUAUUUUACAUUGCUUUGAUCGUUAUAUUACUUGUAAUUGUUAUGGUAUUAAUUUUACAUAUGUCGUUAGAUAAAAAAGUGGUUUACAAAACUUUGAAAAAUAAGCACGUUGUAGUUACCGGUGGAUCUAGCGGUAUUGGUAAAGCGACGGCAAUAGAAGCAGCGAAAUUGGGUGCUAAUGUUACUAUAAUCGGUCGGGAUGUAACGAAAUUAAAGUGUGCAGUCAGUGAAAUCAUAGCACAAUGUAUGGACAAAUCCACCCAAAGCAUUCAAUACGCUGCACUGGAUGUGACUUCUGAAUACGAAGUAAUAUCGAAAUGCAUCGCAGACUUGGAAACAGACAUUGGCCCAAUCUUCAUGCUUGUGAACUGUGCCGGUACAUGCAUUUGUGGCCAAUUUGAGGACAUGAAAGUGCAAGAUAUUAAGAUGAUGAUUGAUCUAAAUUAUUUUGGCACUGCAUACACGACUAGGUAUGUUCUUAAAUCAAUGAAGGAAAGAGAUGAAGGUAUGAUAGUGUUUGUAUCAUCUGAAGCAGCAUUCAUUGGAAUCUAUGGCUAUAGUGCCUACAGUGCUGCAAAAUGGGCUGUUAGGGGAUUGGCAGAGUCUUUGUUCAUGGAAUUGGUUGGGACAAAUGUAAGAUUAACUCUGGCAUUUCCCCCUGAUACGGACACCCCUGGAUUUGAGAAAGAGGAGCUAACUAAACCUAAAGAAACAAAACUUAUAUCUGGUUGCGGUGGAUUACAAUCUGCAGAUAAUAUAGGCAAGAAAAUCAUUCAAGAUGCAAUGAUUGGUAGAACUUACUCAGUUUUUGGAUUCUCUGGGCAAAUGCUGUCAAUAUUAAAUGGUGGAUCAAUUGAUAGUACUUUACAGGUUUUAAUACAAGUUUUUUCUAUGGGAUUACUAAGAGCCAUCAUGGUUAGCAUCAUAUUAUCUUUCCAUAAAAUUGUCAAAAAUGGCUUAGUAGAGAGGAAACAAUUAGAAAAGCAAAAAGUCCAAUAAUGGACAAUAAUGCACCAAUGUUAUAAUUGCAAAAA